AUGGGCGGGGAGGGGGAGGGUGGGAUGGUUAAGGAUGGGGAGGAUGGGGGGAGUGUGGUGGACAGGGAUAAGCAGCGGGGGAAGGGGGUGGAAGUUGUGACGGGGAUUGAGGGGAGGGAGGUUGACGCUGCGAUGCUGAAGCGACCGACGAAAGAAGAGCAGAGACGCGGAGGGCUUUUCACGCCUUUCUCGGAUGAUGAACUGAGGGCUUUGCGGUCUCGAAAGCGGGAUGCACCGAAUGCGAAGACGUCAACACCAUCAAGCCAAGCCACGCCAUCCACAACCCGCUGUCCCCUGUGCCACUUCGACAGCCCAUCAACAUCCCCAUUCUGCACCACAUGUCUAACCCCCUACCCACCCGGUCCGGCACCCAAAUCACACGCUCAAGGCAUAGUGUCGUAUGACAAAUCCCCCGACAUCUACACCUCGCCGGUCGACAGACAGCAAGCUACACUACUCACCUACAAAUCGAAUCAAGACCCCGAUGAAGACUAUCUCUGUACAGGUGGCGCCGGGCCACCCGGUACCAUAACUCCCUCUGGUACGCACGUGGCAAUAACGCCGGACGAACGUAGACGACUGGUGCGGGAGAGGCAGGAGGAGUGGAGGAAUGAUAGUUUGAGGGAGGCGAGGGAGCAGGAGCGGCGGGAGAUGGCUCGGCAGAAUGGGGUGCAGAUCCCGGAUGGUAACGCGCCGCAUUUCUCGGAUAUGCAAGAGGAAGAUGCGACAAAGCAGGCGUUGAGUCUGCAUAGAAAUGCCGAAGUGGAGAGGGCGUGGCUGCUGAAACUCGCGGUGUACAAGAAAGAAGCUGAGGAGAGGAGGGUACCCUUCCCGUUGAACGUACCUGGCUACGAAGCGUUGGAAGACUCGGAGGUAACGCGGUUAGAAGGAGAUGUCGAGGUAUUGGAUGGCUGGUUGGCCAGUAUGGGUUACACUGACAUUCUCCUUUCGCCUAAAAGCGAUGCGAGCGGUGACAAGAAGACACCGCUGAACUCGAAACGAUUAGCUGCCAGAACGAAACGACUCAAAGCGAUCCAGCAACGAGAAGCAGACCGGCAGUACCUGGAGCAUAUCGCGGACCUACAGCGCCAAGCACUUUCCAUGGGUUAUAACUUUCCCGAAGGCGUCCCAGGUUGGGAAGAGGUUCAUACUUCGGAGCAACAACGCAUCCUGUGGGCAGCGUAUACAAAUCAAGUCAACGCCACGUCGAAGAAGAAGAGGAAAAAGGCGCGACGAGGAUCACGGAAUUCGAACACCAUCACCACUCCCGAGGAGCAGGCCCGAAUGAAACGUUACGCGUUUUUGAAAGAGAAACUUGAGCAACCAUACUGGGAAGAGCGAGUACGUGAGACCGGAGAGUCGAGAAGCGCCAUCUUGCGAGCCGGAGGGAGGUGGCCGGAAGACGCGACAUACGAAGACGAUAAUGAUGAGGAGUUGAAGGAGCUGGUGGGGUAUAUAACAGAUUUUUUGGAGCUGAAGGAAGAGUUUGGAGAUCAGUAG